AUUCUAAAUCAGACACCAAUGCUGAAUCUUCCUUCUCUGGAGAACAUCUAAAUUUAGGUGAUGUUUCAAAUCAUUCUAAUAAUACAGAACAAAAUGAUGGGAAAGAAGGGGAAAACUCAGAGAUUACCGUUGCCGAAUUAGAAAAUUCAGAGAGUGAUGUUACUGGAACCGAAAAUUCUAAAGUAAACGAAGAUGAAACUGUGCUUGAGAUGUUUGAUAUUUCUCCUGAUUUAUCCAAUGGUGUAAGAAAGCAAAUUCUGAAAGAAGGUGAGGGUGAUGAAUAUCCAGGAUAUGGUGAUAAAGUGAGUGUUCAUUACACUGGCUGGUUAAUGAGCAAUCGAGAAGUUUUUGACAGUACGCGCAAGGGAGAAAGCGUCGAAUUUAGUUUAGGAAGAGGACAAGUUAUUAAAGGUUGGGACGUAGGAUUAGCCACAAUGAAGAAGGGAGAGGUAGCUUUAUUCAUUGUAGAACCUCAAUAUGCUUAUGGUGAAGCUGGAUAUCCUCCUGUUAUACCACCCUAUUCUCCUUUAUUAUUUGAAGUAGAAUUAUGUGACUGGAGGAUGGAAGAUUUGAGUUUCAAGAAGGAUAACGGUAUUUUAAGAAAAAUUUUAGCUAAGGGAGAAGGUACCACUUGUCCUAAUGAUGGAUCAUCAGUUAAAGUUAAGCUUGUUGGAUCAUAUGAUGAUAAAAUUUUUGAGGACACAGAAAAAGAGUUCAUUCUUGGUGAAGGUUGCAUUUUGAAUAUUCCUGAAGGAGUCGAAGUCGCCCUUCUAAGGUUCCAUUUAAAAGAAAAGUCUAUGAUUUAUUUGAAGAGCCAAUAUGCAUUUGAAAAAGGCUCUGAUGAAUAUGACAUUCCUCCUGAUGCUGAUGUUCAGUAUGUAGUUACUCUUUUGGAAUUCGAAAAGGCCAAAGAUGUUUGGGAAAUGGAUAGUGAUGAGAAACUUUCAAGAGCUAAAGCUUGUAAAGAAAAAGGGAUCUCAUUUAUUCAAGCUGGAAAAAUUAGAGCAGCUCUUAAACAGUUCAGAUGGAUACUUGUGUGCUUGGAGAAAGAACCUGGUGUGUCAUCAGACACAGAAGAUGAAAGAAAGUCCCUUCUCUUAUCAAGUUACCUAAAUUCCGCACUUUGUCUUCUGAAGUUAGAACAUUAUAUUGAAGCAAUUAAAAUCUGUGAUAAAGCUCUUGAAAUUGAUCCAGAAUCCGAGAAAGGUCUUUUUAGAAGAGGCCAGGCUAAAAUGCUAAUCAAUGAUUGCAGUGAAGCUCUAGAGGAUUUUGAAAAGCUGAUUAAUUUAUAUCCUGAAAAUAAAGUUGCUAGACAAAGUAGACUUUUGUGUCAUGAAAAAAUGAAGAACCAAAGUACUAAAGAUAAAAAAGUUUAUAGCAAGAUGUUUGAAAAGUUUGUUAAACAGGAUGAGGAAAGAAUAAGAAAUAUGAAAACUGAAACUGGUGUCUGGGAAGACAACGAAGAAAGUAAUGAAAAUAAACUGAGUGACAGUUCUUUGGACCAAAAUAAAAAACUAUACGAGCAGCAUGGUGCUGUUUUGCGUGAUGCAAACGUUGUUGAACUCUCCAAUACUGCCUGUUUGUAACUUAAGGAAAGUUUAGUUGUUAUACCUUUAAACCUUUUUUUAUACGGAAAUUUCAGUGCCAAAUGAUUGAUUUUGUAAAUGAAGUAAGAAUUUUCAAACAGCACAAAGUAUUACUUAAUAGUUUAUUUUUAAUAUUUACUUUAUUAAAAACUGCUUUCUUUCAAAUGUAAUUUUAUUUUUAAUAUUUUACUUUAUACAUAAGUGUUAAACCUAUAUAAAAAUAAAUAUUGUCAGGGUAUCAUAACUUUUAGUUUCUUAUAGAGCUGUAAAAUUAAAAUUAUUUUUUUACCCCCCCCCCCCCAAAAA